AUGGCUUCGGGCGUUCUGAGGGGGGGUUCCCUCCCAAGUACCUAUCCCUUGAGCAGAUACAACUGCUGCCUCGAAGACAUUCUACUGCUUCUUCAAAGAGAGCAAUACUCGUCCUCUGACCAGGGCAACUACGGAACAUGGACCUGCGACAUUCAUGGCUGUACCUCGUCAGCAAACUUCACCCGUCUUGCAGACCUCCAGCGCCACCAAUCCACCGUCCACGGCAUGGGCACCCCAGAGUUCCCCUGCAGCAUGCCCCGCUGCAACCGCGUCGGCGACAAGGGCUUCACACGCAGAGACCAUCUAGUCGAGCACCUGCGCAACUUUCACCACAUCGAUAUUCCGAAAAGGCGGCCCGGCGAGCGCUCGGCCUUUCCGUUUGGCUGGCCCGAAGGCGGUGGGGGCGUGGGCGGCGGUGCUCACAACAACAACAUCAACUUCAACUUCAACGUCUACAACAUCCACUAG